ACAGUCACGAGGAUUGAGUCAAACUACAUUGUCGUUUAUCUCGGCAACAAAUAAACGUGUCGGUAGCUGCCCCAGGCUGAGACAAGUCACUAAUGUCCAUCGUCUCUCUUGUACAGUAGAAGACAUUGUGACGCCACAUCUCGGGACCAAAUGUGAUGCUGUGUACACAAUGUCCAGUGGGAAAACAACAUACUCCUGUGAGGAAUGUGGCAAGUCAUUUGGCUGGAAGAGUUCUCUUGAAAGACACAUAAUUGUACACAGUGGUGUUAAAAACUUUAAAUGUGAUGAAUGUGGGAAAUAUUUUUCAGAAAAUAGGCAUCUCAAGAACCAUAUUUUUUUUGUGCACAGUGGUGUUAAAAACUUUAAAUGUGAUAAAUGUGGGAAAUAUUUUUCACAAAACAGUUAUCUCAGGAACCAUGUUCUUGCUGUUCACUGUGGUAUUAAAAACUUUAAAUGUGAUAUAUGUGGAAAACAUUUUUUUGAAAAGAGUGCUCUCAGGAAACAUAUUCUUACUGUUCACUGUGAUAUAAAAAACUUUAAAUGUGAUGAAUGUGGGAAACAUUUUUCAGAGAAGGGUUCUCUCAAGAGACAUAUUCUUGUCCUUCACUGUGGUGUUAAAAACUUUAAAUGUGAUGAAUGUGGGAAAUAUUUUUCCCAGAAGGUCAAUCUGAAGCAUCAUAUACUUGUGCAUGAAAAAAAUAAAAUAAAAUAAAUUUUUGAAUCACUUUAGCAGAAGAGUAAUGUGACACUUGAAUACAGUGUCUUGCAUCAGCUUAAAACCACUUGAGCAAACUUUAUGUAUGUAACACAAGUUAUUACGAUAUUACCAUAUUAGUCCUGCAUAAACCCAUCUCUUACGUAGUUAGACCACUGAUGAUGUUGGUAAAGAAUACUGAGCUUUUCAUAUACCUCUUGUAUAAUUUGACCCUAGCUCUUGAGAAAUACUGUACAGUACAAGGUACCAGUGUAAUACUAGACAUAAUUUGUAGAAAGACGCCAGAUUCACGCCAGCACAUCUUGGCCGCCUGCCGUCUACUUAAUGUAUUCUCAUAUCCGCCACAUAAAGGCACACCUUAGGUAUGGCACCAUAGGAUAACCCCUUAAUUGCCAUAAUCCUUUUAGUAUGGCUGUACACCACCCUGACCAUUAUUGAUACAGUUUAUGUAACCCAGCAACAUUGUACCCUCCCAGCAAUGUUGUACAGUAACUAAAACAACUACUGUAUAUGUGCAUACUUUGUGGGAAACAAUACAAGACCAUUGACGAUAAAUUUUGGUACAUGAGAGCUGUCACCAGUCACAUUGAGGGCUGUCACACGUAAAAUUUGUAAGCAUAUCGACCCCCACCUGCAAAGAUAGUUGUUUUAGCUACUGUAUAUAGAAGCAAUGAUAGAUUUCUUUGCCGAGAAACACCACUAACAGUAGUACACUACUGUAUAGUACUGUAUUAAUAAAAUUGGACAAUGUAGUUACUCGUCCAAUAUUACUUAAACUGUACAAAUGUAGCGGGAAACUAGCGCCUAUUAUGAGAAAAUCAGGUGGGAAAACAAGUGAGAAGAAUGGGCAACACUGUGAUUGCCAUAAUAACCAUUGCUCAGAGAGGUGUCAUGGGAUGGAACUAAAAAUUUCAUAUUUGUAGAAUUUUGUGAAUUUCCAGUUUAAUGUUGUUAUUAUUGUGAGAUGAUAAUUAUUUGUAGAAUUUUUUAAAAUAAUUUUCAGGUAAUUAA